GAAUGCAUCAGCGUCCACGUUGGCCAGGCCGGAGUCCAGAUCGGCAACGCCUGCUGGGAACUAUACUGUCUGGAGCACGGAAUACAGCCGGACGGACAAAUGCCCAGCGACAAAACGCUCGGAGGAGGAGAUGACUCUUUCAACACAUUCUUCAGUGAAACAGGCGCUGGGAAACAUGUGCCAAGAGCUGUCUUCGUGGACUUAGAACCCACUGUCGUAGAUGAAGUUCGGACAGGCACGUAUAGGCAGUUGUUUCACCCCGAACAGCUGAUCACAGGCAAAGAAGAUGCAGCCAAUAAUUAUGCGAGAGGCCAUUAUACCAUUGGAAAGGAGAUCGUCGAUUUGGUUCUGGAUAGGAUCCGGAAGCUCGCGGACCAAUGCACUGGCCUCCAGGGUUUCCUGAUCUUCCACAGCUUUGGCGGAGGUACUGGAUCUGGAUUCACUUCCCUCCUUAUGGAAAGAUUAUCCGUUGAUUACGGGAAGAAAUCAAAACUUGAAUUCUCCAUUUAUCCUGCACCUCAAGUUUCAACAGCAGUAGUCGAGCCCUAUAAUUCCGUCCUUACCACUCACACCACUCUUGAACAUUCAGACUGUGCCUUCAUGGUUGACAACGAGGCCAUAUACGACAUCUGUAGAAGGAAUCUCGAUAUCGAAAGGCCAACCUAUACCAAUCUCAAUCGGCUCAUUGGACAGAUCGUGUCGUCUAUCACCGCGUCUUUGAGAUUUGACGGAGCCCUAAAUGUGGAUCUCACCGAAUUUCAAACAAAUCUUGUUCCAUAUCCUAGGAUUCAUUUCCCACUGGCCACUUACGCCCCGGUUAUCUCGGCUGAGAAGGCUUACCAUGAGCAGCUUACCGUAGCAGAGAUCACCAAUGCUUGUUUCGAGCCAGCUAAUCAGAUGGUAAAAUGCGAUCCCCGUCAUGGCAAGUACAUGGCUGUCUGCCUUCUGUAUAGAGGCGAUGUUGUACCCAAAGAUGUUAACGCUGCCAUCGCAACCAUCAAGACAAAGAGAACCAUACAGUUCGUUGACUGGUGUCCCACAGGAUUCAAAGUGGGGAUUAAUUAUCAGCCCCCUACUGUUGUACCAGGUGGAGAUUUGGCCAAAGUUCAACGGGCUGUUUGUAUGCUGUCCAAUACGACAGCCAUCGCCGAAGCGUGGGCCAGGCUGGACCACAAAUUCGAUCUGAUGUACGCAAAACGGGCUUUCGUCCAUUGGUACGUCGGAGAAGGAAUGGAAGAAGGUGAGUUUGCUGAAGCUAGAGAGGAUUUAGCAGCUCUCGAAAAGGACUACGAAGAAGUCGGUGUCGAUUCCAUGGAAGGUGAAGAAGAUAUGGCAGGCGAAGAAUACUAAAGUAAAUUGAAGAAGAAACCAUCAUCCGCCCACUGUUUUCUGCGAGCUUUCUUUAGUCUAAUUUCCCUUUCUCUCUAAUUUUUUGUUUCUCUAUGACUUUGAAUUUUUAUAUUUUUUUCUUACAAGUGUACCAAAUGGGAUUCAAAGUACUUAUUACGAUUAAGCGCAUAUUCUUGCAAAAAACAUCACUCUUAAAUGGCAGUCGUUGACUUGAAUAUUAAGUUUAUCGAUCUGAAUGUUAAGAGUGUCAUUGACUAUGCUAAGAAACAGAAGUUGAAAAAGGUAGUUUUAAUUUUAUUAGAUUUGUGUUAUUGCAUCUUUAUGUUUAGUAGCUAGAUAGAAUUGUAGCAAUUACAAUUGAAAUUAAAAUUAGUGUUAUCUAUCGAGUAUAUGUACGUACGUUUUUGGUGCACUGUUUGAAUUUGAAAGGCACUUUAGCAUAUAUUGUGUGAAAUAUUAAAUGCACAUAGCUAUGUAGCUGUAAAUACAGGAAGAAACAAAGCUCUAACUGUGAUUCAAAAGCGUGUUUUUACGUUUGUUACUGUUGCAACUUGCUCUCGUCCAGCACUGAUAAUUUGAAGGUAUUUUAUUUUACAAGUUGUCCAGUGGUGGGGAUUAUUAACAGUAAAUAAUUUAUAUUUCUAAGGCGUCGUUUAGUAAUUCUACUUUCGUCUAAUAGCAGUUAGUCUUUAAGUAGAAUUUGGAUGUCUCAAAUAAAAAAAAACUGUAGAGAAAUAUUAUAAGAAAAGAAUAUAUUUUAUUUUAUAUUCACUAAUGAUUAAGAAAAAAAUGAUUAUUUGUGGAAUUUUUUACAAGAUCGAAUUGUUUCAGUUUAUCAUGUGAUAUGAAUUUCUCUAAGUUUCUUAUAACUGAUAUUUAAAGUAAUGCAUUGUGUGAAUAAAUUUAGAGUUUGGCAAUAAUAAUACGAUUAAUUUUAGAUAAAUGAUUUCAAAUGCUAUUUCAUUCUUUUUAUUACCUAUGCUUUAGCUUUGCAGUUGCUUUGUUUACGUCAAAAUGCUGUUUAAAACCUUUUAUACUUUUUAAUGCUUUGAUAUUCAGCAAGAAUUACUGUGAUAGAAAGCAAGAUUUAAAAAAAAAAAAAAAAAAAAAAAAAAAAAAAA